AUGGAUCCACCUUCGCUGGUAUCCUCAAUUCGACAUCGUCUUUCGCAAUACCGCCGAGCUGAUGCCAGCACACAAACCGAAGACGUUGUCAACGUCACCGCUAACUCCAUGCAGCGAACGACGAAUCCGCUUAUCGGAGCCGGCUACUCGCCAUCUGUUAAUUCGUUUCCGGUGGCGUUAGACUCUACGUUUUCAAAUCUCCUCGACGACGAUCUAGCCGAGCGGUCCUUCUCACCGUCGAACGACAUCAACCUCAUUGAUCUCGGUCACUGUGAUGAUUUCUUUGGACCCGAUUCAAUAAUGGCCGACGAUACGCAGUCCUCACCGUGGAGACUGUCCUCUAGACGUCAGGAAAAGGAGUUAUCGAAUUCCCGUAUUGGUGGUACGGCUGGAAUUUUGGCAGAAAUGUUCAGUGAUCAUCCCACUGACACACAGGCAAACGACGGCCAUUGA